AUGCGUCUGCAGUCUGCUGUGCUCGCUGCCCUUGUGACUACGCUCUGCGUUAAUUGCUACAUCGCGGAAUCCAAUGCUGCCACCACAAUGUCGGACCGGCCCCGUGCGAUUCAAUCUCCCGAUGAAGCCCACCAUGAGGGCAAGCGAUCCAUACGCAUGCCCGUAGCAGCGGGUGGCGAGAGCAAACGCGAAGCGAGUGGGCUGGACUGGUUCGCCUCUAGUGCUGCCAAAGCGCUGAAGGCCCAAAAAGCAAAAUGGAUCAAGAGCGAGGGGAUUUAUGACGACCUUAUCGGAGGUACGAGGACCACGUGGGAGGUGUAUGGGGCAUGGAAGAAGUUAGACGCUUCACCGGAAUAUAUUGCCAAAGCGAUGAACAAAGGUUGGCUACGGUGA